AUGUCGACCACUUCUCGGAUAUCCCUAAGAAGUCCUAUCUUGGACACUCGGAUGGAUGAUCUAGCUAAUAAUCCUAGAGAAGAAUCACCUGACAGCGGUGCAAAUAGAUUAACUUCAUUCAACGCCGUGCCAGUGCUUGGACUGACGGUAAACCCCGAAAGGAAUUCUGAUGAUGGAUCAGACGCCGACUCCGACCUGGAGGAACUGCAAGGUGACAUUGCCAAGUUCGACGAGUCUGUUCGGGAAUUUCUAGCCUCCCAUCAUGGCUCCUCAGACAAUGCACAGGUAUCCCGUGGGGGGGCUCGUGGUCGAGGAGCUCGUGGGCCACGAAAGGCGGCCAAGCCAAGGGGUGACAUCACCGCACGUCUCUCCAGGGUCAACCAGGCCUUCCUUGGUGGCGACUACGACCAAGCUCUAGACCUGGCGUUUGAGGUGAUCAGGAUCAAUGCAGAGACCCACCAGGCCUGGACGGUGCUGGCGUCCAUCUUCCGUGAACGAGGCGAGAAUGACAGGGCGCUCUCCGCAAUGGUUUAUGCUGCGCACCUCCGACCCAAGGAUGUAUCGGGAUGGGUGAGCUGUGCAUCCUUCGCGCUAGACACGAUAGCAGAAAACGAAGCCGGAAAUCUCCACACUGCCCGGCUCUGCUUCUCAGCCGCGCUGAGGGCCGAGCCCACCCAUCUUGAUUCUAGGCUUGGCAAGGCAGCCGUAUGCCAUCGGCAGGGUCACUUUUCUGCUGCCAUUUCCGAGUACAAGCUCAUACUCAAGCGUCGACCGUAUGAUUUGGAUACAGUCCGCAAGCUUGCUGAGGCUUGUGUAGAUAGUAGAAAGGUCGCCACGGCUGUUCCUUCGGCCAUUCAAGCCUACCGGGAGUUCUUUGACCACGAGGCAAAUCUAGAUCGUCACCAAACUUUCCUCUGGCAUGAUAUCGGCGUGUACGUGGAGCUGUUUGCCUCGGCGGAACGCUACCAGGAAGGCAUAUGCCAACUGAAGUCGCUGUCACGGUGGCUUGUCGGGCGAUCAUCGGAGCACUACUGGGAUGGAUGGACCGCUGACGACCGGGAGUGGGAUGCCGGAGCCGCGCGGCGAUCGUCCGUCCCCGAGUUCGAUGCCAUCAACACCAAUGAUGCGCUGUACGGUGAGGCCUUGCCUCGAGAUCUGCGCAUCCGCUUAGCAACUUAUCGACUCCGGCUGGGCCACGAAUCGGAGGCACUGCUUCACAUGGAAUGGCUGAAUCCAUCCGACGCCGAGUCGAAGGAGUUCGCCAUCGAUUUCCCCUUUCUUGUCUACGAGCUGGCAACGGAACUUGCUCAUUGUGGACGACACUCCCAAGCUAUCAAGUAUUAUGAGUUGCUCCGUGCCAUACCGGGAGAUCCCGACCCGGCUACGUUGCUGCAGCUGGGACGCUGUUACCUUACCCUGGAGGAGCAACCCACCGCCGAGGAGUGCUUUCUUGCGGCGAUUGAUGUGGAUGAGGAUAGUAUCGACGCCCGCAUCGAGCUGGCAAACAUGUACGAGAGAGCCAGAGAGGAUGAAGAGGCCCUCAUACUCGCCGCUGAGGCCAUGGCCCUCCGGGAAGCGCGGGAUUUAUCGGGCGCAGGCGCCUCCAGCAUGGGAGCCUUGACGAGCGCACCAUUGCUGGAAAUUUCCAAACAUGGCUUGGAGCGGCGCCGAAAGGCUCCCUCUGUCCGCCCAAAAGGUAAGCCAACAGGGUCGAAGGACGACGCAAAAAAACCGGUAAUCCCAAAGCGGUACCGUGCAAAGCGGCUCGCAGGGCCGGAUAAACGGCUCCAGGAUGAGCAAGCACGAGCAGUCAAGCUCUCACAUCAAUAUGAGGUCGUCCGGGACCUAAAGCGGAAAAUCCUUGCCGGUCGCAACGAUCUCCUCCUUUCCUGGAUGUCGACGUCGCAGGAGCUUGUGGACGACUUCAGGUCGUUGAAGAGAUUCUACACCUGGGACAAGUAUCUGGGCUUCCUCGGUUCCAGGGGCCCUUCUCAGGUCUCAGGAGUAGUACCUCCCGACUCAGAGCUGUCACAAAUGUACGAGCGGCUGACACGAUCUAUUGCUCCGCAUGGCGACCAGCAUGGGCGAGAGCUUGGACGUUCAAGCUUGAUGUCUCAUGAAGGCAUCUCUUUCGAAGACUGGCUGGAUUUAUUUCUGGAUUAUGCCAUUGCCUUGGCCAUUCUCCACCGACGGGAGGAGGCAUAUCAAAUUUGUCAAGCUGCUAAAGAUUCGACGGUGUUCCAGUCCUCUGAACAUGGCUUUGCAAUCUACGUUGCCUGGAGUGUAUGUGCCAUCUACACAGGCGACGAAGAAAGAUGUGUAGCGACAGCUCGAUAUCUUAUGAGGGAUGGCGCCAUGACAGAUUCUUAUCGAAUGUUCGCUCUCCUUUCAAGGCUCUGUCAAUCCCCUGUGUCUUGGUACACGUCGGGCCCGGCACAGAAGUUUAUCCUGCGGCAGAUCAAGGCCAUCGAUGCCAGACAUGAUGGAGCGAUGAUGCAACUUUGGGAGCAUGGCAGAGCUGAUGGAGGGGUGGGCGACAGUGACUUGCCCACCACCAGCAUCGAUGUUUGCUUGCUGAUGCUCUAUGGGCAUAUCCUAUUUACUUCCACGAGCUAUGCAUACUCGUUGGGUUAG